AUGAAAACGAAGGCGACGAUCUAGUUGGCAGAGAGCAGGCCGAUCAGAAGGUUACAGGAAUCGCGAAAAGUCGCGGCGAAUCUGCUCAAACGUCGCAACAUUUAAUCUCAGAUCGUGUAUUGUAUAACUUGUAUUGUGUCCGUGAAAAAAAAAAGAAACGUUUGUGAUACGAAUUGUUAUUACGAUAAGUGACUUUCACUUUCGAAGUUACCUGUAUUCAGCAUUGACACUGGUAGUAUCUUGCCGAAGGAUGUGACUAUGAAGACAGAUGAUUGAAAGACGAGUUUGUUAGUACCCAAAGAUAGUUUUGUUAUUAAACAAAGGAACAGCGAGGGGACAUCAUGAAUUUCAUCCAGGACUGGGCUUCAAUUACAGUUCUCCUUUUAGUGGUCGCUGGAUUUCAAUUAACAAAGGGGAAUCAAGAACCAUUUGUCGAAGAUGGAGAGAAUAUUACGUUCUACGACUACCGAUUACCAAAAUCGGUUAUACCCAUUAGUUAUGAGAUCAAUCUCAUACCAACCAUGGGGGGUGACUUCAUAUUUAUCGGGUCUAUGAGUAUUAAUGCCAUAGUGCAACAGUUGACCGACACCGUAACUCUUCAUCGUGGAAGUGUCAAUAUAACGACGCUAACUGUUAACUGGAAUAAUCAAACGAUAAAUAAAACACCCUCCAGAUACAACGACACUACAGAGAAAUAUGAAAUCAGUCUUAACAGAACAUUGAAUAAGGGAGAGAAAAUAUCCAUCAACAUCGCGUACAAUGGAAAGCUCCGAGACGACAUGAUUGGAUUCUAUAAGAGCUCUUACAUCGAUUCUAAUGGGAAGAUUAGAUGGAUGGCCACGACGCAGUUCCAAACAGCGCACGCGAGACAUGCUUUCCCGUGCUUCGACGAGCCAAGUUUCAAAGCAAGGUUUACAAUCAGGAUUCUAAGACCUCCGGGGUACAACUCUCUUAGCAACAUGCCACUUCAUAAAAGUUAUAAAGAACCACAAGGAACCUGGGACGAAUUUCAACAAAGUAUCCCUAUGUCCACUUAUCUGGUCGCCUUCAUCAUCUCGGACUUCGAAAGUUUGCAAUUAGGCAACUUAAGCAUUUGGGCCAGGCCCAAUGCCAUUCGUCAAGCGAUGUAUGCCAGGGACCUCAGUCUAGACGCCACUAUUUACCUGUCCAGAUUGUUCAAGCAAGAUUUCAACAUCCCCAAGAUGGAUAUGGUUGCCAUACCAGACUUCUCAGCUGGCGCGAUGGAGAACUGGGGUAUCAUCACCUACAGAGAAAUGAGAUUGCUAUGUGACAGUUCGACUUCCGAUUAUGCUAAUCAAUCCGUCGCUACUGUAAUCGUUCAUGAAUUGACUCACGAGUGGUUCGGUAAUAUGAUCACUCCUGAAUGGUGGAGCUACUUGUGGCUGAGCGAAGCGUUCGCUAGGUACUUCCAGUACUUUGGCACUGCACAGAUUGAAAAAACAUGGAACUUGGAGGAACAGUUCGUAGUAGAACAGCAUCAGACAGCCUACGCUUCAGACGGGGUCGAAUCAUCUCAGCCAAUGAGUCGUGAGGUUUCCAAUACCCAGCAGCUUAGUUCAAUAGGGGACACCAUAACUUACAACAAAGGUGGCAGCAUCGUAAGAAUGAUGAAUCUCAUAUUCGGAUCCGACGUGUUCGAAGCUAGCCUGCAAAAUUAUCUGAGCAACAACAAAGAGACAAAGGUAGCGCGACCAGAGAAUCUAUGGGAGGAAUUUCAGAAGGAGAUCAACAAACGUAAUCAGUCUCUAAACGCCACUGUUCGUGAAAUCAUGUCCACAUGGACAGAGAAAGCUGGAUAUCCGGUUCUAAACAUAGCCAUCAACAGAGAGGGUGUAGCAAGUCUGCAACAAAGACGUUUCUUUUUGAGGAAUUUAAAAUCGACACCUACGAACCUGACAUGGUGGGUACCUCUCAGUUGGACCACCAAAGAGAAUCCAAACUUUAAUGUUGUGAAGCCGAGAUACUGGUUGAACAAGGAACGAGACACAAUUAAUGUUGGGAACAGUUCAGGAUGGGUGAUAUUCAAUGUUCAAUCAUCAGGUUUCUACCGAGUGAAUUAUGACUAUGCAUCUUGGUAUCGCAUUUUCGAAACUCUAAAUAGCAAAAACUAUGCAGACAUUCAUGUGCUUAAUCGAGCAGUGUUGGUUGAUGAUUCUUUGAAUCUAGCAAGAGCUGGUAUGCUCUCGUAUAACAUAACAUUUGAUUGUCUGCAGUAUCUUAAAUUCGAAACAAAUUAUUUGCCUUUCAAAUCUGCGUUCUCUGGACUAUCGUAUCUUGAUCAAAGAUUAUCUGGACAUGCCGAAUAUUACAAACAGUUUAAGAAAUUUGUCCUUGUUCUUAUCGAAAUUAGAUACAAAGAACUGGGGUAUCUGGAUCGUCCCAAUGAUGACAGAUUGACAGUAUUAUUGAGAGGGGAAUUAAACAAAUGGGCCUGUAAUUAUGGCCACCAGGGAUGCAUUCAGACUUUCACUAACAUGUUCCAACAAUGGAGGAAGAACAACACUUCAACAAUCAAACCAAACCAGAGAUCAGUAGCAUAUUGCAUGGGUGUGAAAUAUGGAUCAAAGGACGACUGGGAAUUCCUAUGGAAUCAGUAUUUCAAUUCGAAUUCUGCCAAUGAUCAAAUAACCUUAUUACAAGCUCUUGGAUGCAGCAAUAACAGCACGAUCUUAGAGAUAUAUCUCCUUUCCGCCCUGAAGAGUUUCGAAGAGACCAGAAUUCGCAAACAGGACUGUACUUCAGUGUUUUCAGCUGUCUAUGGUUCCGGUAUAGGGGGUGCAGAGUUCGUGCUAAAUUUCGUCGAUAAAUACCAUGCUCAGAUGAAGGAAUACAACGGACUAGGUUUAGUUUCGAGUGUCCUCUCCUCAGCCUCUCAGCGAUUCUCAACCAAACAAUUGGUGGACAAAUUCGACAACUUAAUCCAACGACGUAAAGUGGAAUUCGAAAGUAUCCAAACCUCUCUACAAAAUGCCCUGGAAAUCGCAAAGUACGAAUUAUGGUGGUUUGAGAAGAACAUAGAUCCCAUCAUAUCGUGGAUAGACUCACACGAUAAAGAGAACCCACCUCCAAUAGAUAGCGAGUAUCGUUUACCUCAAAAUUUAAGUCCUUCUAAGUAUUAUAUUGAUGUCAAAACGGACGUGAACCAAGCUGACAAUUUUACCUUCGACGGAACAGUGAGGAUCGACACUGUGGUCAAGCAAAAGACAAAAACGAUCGUUUUACAUUCGUCAGACCUUAGCCACGACAAUGUUAAUGUACUCGUAGGGGAUAAAUCUGUGGCUGUAUUGAGCUUCACUGUUGAUAAAAAAUAUGACUUUUUGACGAUUGAAGUUGCCCAAGAAUUGCAAGUUGGACAGAAUGUGACCAUCGUGGUAGGGUUCAAAGGGUCCUUGAACGAGGACAUGAGAGGAUUUUAUAGAAGUUGGUAUUUCGACCUUUAUGGUAAAGUAAGAUGGUUAGCAGCCACUCAUAUGGAACCAGUCGGAGCAAGAAAGAUGUUCCCUUGUUUCGACGAGCCAGCAAUGAAAGCCAAAUUUGUGGUCAAUGUAACCGUGCCAGGAGAUUAUAGUGCCAUUAGCAACAUGCCGAUUGAACACACCGUAGAUCAUGGAAAUGGACGAAGGUCGCUUCUAUUCAAGGAAACUCCUAUCAUGUCCACGUAUCUGGUGGCUCUAGUGGUGUCCGACUUUAAAGUACUGAGAAAUACCAAUGGAAAAUAUGCUGUCUGGACAAAUCCAAUGGCGAUAAAAUACGCAAACUAUUCCCUGUCUGUGAUGGAGCCCUUAGUCAGUUAUUAUGAGAAAGCAUUGUCAAUACCGUACCAGCUUCCCAAGUUGGACAUGGUAGCAUUACCAGACUUCGUGUCAGGUGCAAUGGAGAACUGGGGUCUGUUGACUUACAAAGAAAGAUAUUUGUUGGAAGGUGAUGAAUCAACGACAGACUCGAAACAGAGCAUCAUCGAUGUUAUUUCCCAUGAAAUCACUCAUCAGUGGUUUGGAGAUUAUGUCAGCCCUCUUUGGUGGAAGUAUCUUUGGCUAAAUGAAGGUUUUGCUAGGUACUUCCAAUAUCAUGGAACAGCCAGUGUGAAGAAGGAUUGGUCCUUGGAAGCUCAGUUCGUAGUGGAACAGCUGCACUCGGCUUUAGAAACGGACAGUUUAGCCUCCACUCACCCCAUGACCCAUGAUGUCUACAGCCCAACGCAAAUCAGAGGAAUAUUCGAUACCAUAUCUUAUGCCAAGGCCGCUAGCGUGAUCAGAAUGUUGGAGAAAUCAUUGGGUAACGACGUAUUCUUCAAGGCACUUCACAAUUAUCUUGAAAAACGGAAAUACGACGUAGCAACACCGACGGACUUGGCCGAUGCCUUCAAAGAUCAGAUUACUGAUCCAGUCGUCAAGAACGAGAUUCACUCAAUUAUGAACUCAUGGACCAACCAAUCUGGUUACCCUGUUAUCCAUGUCACCGUUCAACCUGAUUAUGUGAUCCUCAGACAAGAAAGAUUCAUCCUGAAGCCAGGGAAGGACAAGGUCUCUGCAGCCAAAUGGUACACUCCUAUCAGUUGGACAUCUCUGAACACCCUAAAUUUCAAUGACACGAAGCCAAGAUACUGGCUGCAGAACACUACCGACUCUCUGCCAAACAAAAAUGAUCUAAUCUUGCUGAAUUUGCAACAAUCUGGCUUCUAUCGUACGAAUUACGACAACCAAACCUGGAAACGAAUAAUCAACGUCUUGAAGAGCGACCAACGCGAGAAGAUUCACGAGAUUAAUCGUGCUUCAUUGAUCGAUGAUUUAAUGAACUUAGGCAGGGCAGAGAUGGUUGAUUAUGACAUUGUUUUUUCUGCUACGCAAUAUUUGACCCAAGAGACGGAUUACAUUCCAUGGCGUGCAUUUUUCAACAACUUCAAUUAUUUGCAUAAACAUAUGCAAGAAAGAGACGCGUACGGUGCUUUCAAGCGAUACGCGAGCUCACUGCUCCUUCCAAUAUACAAUAAACUGGGAUUCGAAGAUAAAGAAACAGACAGUCAUGUAACUAAAUUGUUCAGAUCGCACGUUCGCAAGUGGGCUUGUAAAUUAAAUAUAAGCAACUGUGAAGAAGAAGCUUGGUCGUAUUGGCGUUUUAACCCUUCAAGCAACAAAUACGCAUCGAUUCAGGCCAAUUACUACAGCGUAGUUUAUUGCACGGUUGCCAGAAGGAACAGUUUUUCCGAUUGGGAUCUUUUAAUGGACCUCUAUAAAAUAACAUCAUUCCCUGCACACAAGUUGACAUUACUUCAAUCUUUAGCUUGCACCACGGACAAAGUCCUUCUCGAUCAGUUACUUCAUCAAGCAAUAACAAAGGAUUAUGUCAUACGAUUCGAGGAUAGCUCGAGCGUAUUUUCUUAUGUUAUGGACGCCAGCCCAGAGGGUGUUGAAACCGUCAUCGAAUUUGUUAAAAAUAAUUACGAAAAAAUGGUCAAAUACUUUAGGCAAGAGUCCAGCGUGCGCAGUAUAGUAAGCGCAAUAGGGAAGAAAGUUUUCACCCAGAAGCUUUAUAAUAAAUACACCAAUUUGCUUGAAUGGCUGAGUGUAAAGGAUCCAACUUCUCAAAACACAUUGAACUCGUACAAAAAUGACCCGGACUAUGAAUUGAAAUGGGCGGAGAGACAUAUUCCUAUGCUACACGAAUGGUUCGAGACCAAAUAUUCUCACGAGGACUAUAGACUGCCGUCUACAUUUUCACCGUUGAAAUAUAACAUCUCUCUGUCUCCUGGAUUCGAGGAGAGGAACUUCACGUUUACCGGAAGGGUGAAGAUCGAAAUAGAGCGUAAAAGAGACGAUGUAUCUCGUAUAGUCGUGAACGCGUAUAAACUAUACAUCAAGGACGUAUCCGUAUAUCAAAAUCCCUCUGAACCAUUGCAAGUAAGCAGUUGGCUACUGAACCCCAAUACACAGACACUAUCGAUAUUUAUGAAGAAUUUUAUAAAAAGUGACAAACUGUUCGUCGACAUUACGUACACCGGUAAUUUGAAUGACGAUAUGGAAGGAUUUUAUCGAAGUCAUUAUGUCAAUAGUAAGAAACAACUUCGUUGGUUGGCUACGACUCAGUUUGAACCAACUUACGCCAGACAAGCGUUCCCAUGCUUCGAUGAACCGGCCAUGAAAGCUAAAUUUGUGAUUGAAAUGGAAAGACCCACGGAUUACGUUGCCCUCAGCAAUAUGCCUCUCUCAAGCACCCGUCCGUCAAAUAACACAGGCCGUGUUUGGGAUACGUUUAAGGAAACGCUGAAUAUGUCAUCGUAUCUGAUUGCGUUCGUCGUCUGCGAUUUCCAAAAAUUGAGAACUUCCUUACAAUCUACAAAUGUGUGGGGUCGGCCUGAGAUUGUAGCAAAGGGCGAAUUAGCAGAAAUCGUUGCUCCAAGAAUACUUCAGUACUUGUUCGAGGAAACUGAACAUUUAUUUACAUUUCCGAAAUUGGACCUCAUAGGAAUUCCAGACUUCCAAAUGGGUGCCAUGGAAAAUUGGGGACUCGUCACAUUUAGAGAGUACGGACUUUUCUAUGAAAAGGACGUGACAACGGCUAAAUACACGGAUUAUAUAAUCACCAUAAUAGCCCAUGAAUUGGCUCAUUCGAUGUUUGGAAACCUGGUCACUUGCGAUUGGUGGGAAUACAUUUGGUUGAACGAAGGUUUCGCGGAAUACAUGCAGUGGCGACUUUCGGAUAUGUAUCAACCUCAAUAUAACUACCAGCAUCUCGUCGUCGUCAACGAUUUACAACCGGCGUUGCUAAACGACGCCUCGUCAUCGACCCACCCUAUGAACAAUCCUGUUAGCAAACCUUCGGAAAUAAAAAAAGUCUUCGACACCGUUACUUAUGGAAAAUCGUCCAGCGUGAUACGAAUGAUACAAAAAACAUUUGGGCAAGAAGUGUUCAAAAACGUCAUAUCAAACUAUUUGACGCGUCAUCGGUAUAGUACAGCAACUCCAAAAGACCUUUGGAAACAUUUCACAAGAGAGGUGAACAAAACAGGUGGUUUAGGGGAAUGGAACAUAACAUUUGAAUCGCUAAUGGACGGCUGGACCAAUAAACCAGGAUAUCCAAUUGUGCUUGCAGAGUAUAACUUCCCCACCCUAAAGCUAACUCAGAAACAUUACUCCACGUAUAAACGUUCCGGGGAUUUCUGGAUACCGAUAACUAUGACAGACAGCUACACACCGGAUUUCAUGAAGACUUCGACAAACUUAUGGUUAGGAGAAGAUAUCUUGCGUCUCAAUUUAAAGAGAGAUGUGGACUGGUUCAUUAUAAACAUCCAACAGUCCGGUUAUUAUCGAGUAAACUACGACACCGAUUCCUGGUUACGUUUGAUCAAAGCUCUAAUGGAACCUACUCAUAGUGGCAUACACUUCACAAAUCGUGCUCAAAUCGUCGAUGAUGCUUUCAACCUGGCUCGCGAUGGCCAUCUGACGUACAACAUAACGAUAGGCACCACAGUGUACCUGGUGAAGGAGAAAAAUUACUUGCCCUGGAAAGCGUUCUUUAACGCAUUGAAUUUUAUUGUACAACGAUACGAAGGGCGAAUUGGCAGUGACUUGCUUCGGGACUACGUUUUAGCUUUGACGACAAACAGGUACAAGGAUCUAGGCUUCCUGGACUCGUACACGGAACCCCAUCUUAACCAGUUGAACAGGGAACUGAUCCUAACUUGGACAUGCAAAUAUGGCAAUAAAGAUUGUGUAACGCAGUCUACCAGCUUAUUUAGAGAAUGGCGCAAAGAUGUUAAGAACAAGAACGGAAUUUCGCCAAACGCAAGAGCAGCCGUUUAUUGUACAGCUUUGAAAAGUGGAUCUGACACCGAAUGGAACUUUUUGUGGGAACAGUACCUGAAGACAGAUCUUGCUACUGAGAAGAUGGUCAUGCUAAAUGCUUUCGGUUGCACUGACAACAAAAUAUUAUUAAACAAAUACAUACAAUACAUGCUGGAUCGUACAUACCCCUCAAAAAUUCGCAAACAAGAUAUUAGCGCAGCGUUUGCAUCAAUUUACAAUGCUGGACAACAUGGAGUUGACGCGAUUUUGGACUUCGUGAUGAACGAUUACGAGAAAUUAUACGAAUACUACGGUAACUGGGACGGUGUUGCUGAUUUAAUCUCCAAAGUGGCUUCACGUGUUUCAACUUCAAGUCAAAUUUUAAAGUUAAACACAUUUGCUGAGACUAAAGUAGGAAAUAUCACGAACCUUCUACCAGCAGUGCAAUCUGCAAUCAAAACAGCGAAGAAAAAUGAAGAUUGGUACUUAACGAACUCACCAGUAAUCAAUCGCUUAUUGAAACAUGCAAUUACUGCCAUACAUAAACAUAAUUCCAGUGCUGCAGUUACCAUUCAGCCUUUAUUAAUUCUUUUCACAACAGUAUGUACAAUAUUCGUGUACAUAUUAAGUAAUUGAACAAAUAUUAGGAAACA